CUGGCUAAAAUGACAUCUCUAGGGAGUAUUACAGAUGAAAACCACUGUGAUUCGUUAUACGGGUUCGUUAAAAGACAGAAAAAACUGUGUCGUAAGAAUCUGGAAAUUAUGGACAAUGUCAAAGUGGGUGCCAGAGUUGCAAUAGAGGAAUGUCAGUCUCAAUUUGGAAAUCGUAGGUGGAACUGUUCUACUGCUAAUAGUAAAAAACUUUUUGGAAAUGUAAUUUUAAAACAAGGUACUCGUGAAGCUGCAUUUGUUCAUGCAAUUUCUUCAGCAGGGGUGGCCCAUUCCGUGACGAGGGCAUGUAGCAGUGGAACUCUACAAAAAUGUGGUUGUGAUAGAACUGUGAGGGGUCGUUCCCCGGAAGGUUUUGAGUGGUCGGGCUGUUCCGAUAACAUAGACUAUGGAAUGGCUUUUUCUAAAGCUUUCGUUGACGCAAGAGAAAAGGGAAAGAAAAGGAAAAAUACGGGUCGAGCUUUGAUGAAUUUACACAAUAACGAAGCUGGAAGAAAGGCUGUGGAUGCUAACAUGAAAGUAGAAUGUAAAUGUCACGGUGUGUCGGGAUCGUGUGAAAUGAGAACCUGUUGGAAAGCCAUGCCAUCGUUUAAAAAAGUGGGCGAAAUCCUCAAAGAAAAAUUUGACGGAGCAACGGAAGUGAAACAUCAAGUUAAAGGAACACGUAAUGAAUUAGUCCCAUUGAACCCUCAAUUUAAAAGACAUACAGAAUCUGACUUAGUGUACAUGGUAGCCUCUCCGGACUUUUGUGAGGCAGACAAAAAGACUGGGUCACUCGGUACCCAUGGACGUAUCUGUAAUAAAACGUCCAAAGCUAUUGACGGUUGUGAACUUUUGUGUUGUGGUCGAGGCUAUCGGACUCGCAUUGUGACCAUCAAAGAAAGGUGUUUUUGUAAAUUUUUGUGGUGCUGUUAUGUAAAGUGUAAGGAGUGCACGCGGCAAAUUGAAGAACACACGUGUUUGUGA